CAGAUAAUUAAUUGUAACACUUUUUCAGAUCAUGCUUUACAACGGUUGUCUCCGGCAGUUUCGUCAAGCGAUAAUAUUGAGGCCCAGAGAAACCUCAUGUCACCGCUGCAACAAAGCCCUCAGAUGAAAGUGCAACUUGAAAGCAGAUUUGCUCAGAGGAGAAAACUUCUGAAAGACACCUGCAACCGGUUUGGGUAUACACCGUCUCCAGAGAAGGCCCAAAGCCCUCUUACUCAAGACCACAGAACCAACCAGCCAAAAUAUUCCUUGUGUACGAUACAAAAGAGUGGCAGUACCUUCUGGAGACAUGUUGAUGAUGCAUAUAAGAAAAAUGCUGAUGGAGAGAACAAGAACCAAUAUGGAUGUUUCAAUUACAUACGAUCGCGGCUCAAAACUGAGAAAAUCUAGCACAAUGAUUGCGUUCGUUAGAAACCCAUACACGAGAUUAUUUUCAGGAUAUGUUGAUAAAAUGUACUGUAUCAAUCCUUCAUUUUGGAAGAGUGUGGGAAAGUCAGUCCUGAGGGUGGUUCGGGGCAACGCUUCCAGAACUGGAAGCGUACGUUGUGGACAUGACAUAAGUUUUGCCGAGUUCGUGAAUUACUUUAUUUACCAGCAUGACAACAAACAGCAUAUUGAUUCCCAUUUUAUGCCAAUCAGUGAACAUUGUAAGUUCUGUGAGACUGAAUAUACGUACAUAGGGAAGAUAGAGACGUUUCGAGAUGACAUGUUGUCUGUGAGUGACGCUAUGGGUAUGCUUGACUAUAAGACUACGAGGGAGGCUAUACUAAAAUAUGGUUUCCAUGGUAAGCGUGAAACGAUUUCCUGCUGGGUAAGUCUCGUUUAUGAUAGACGGGUCGAAAUUGAAACCUGUGGGCUGUCAUUUAUUGAAGGACUCCGGGCGCUCUGGAAAACAUGUCAGAUUCGGGGAAUGAUAUCAAAAGAGAUUCCAUUUCCUUUACAAGCAAAUGAUACCAAAAUUACAUUUGAACGUUUCAAUGAGUUAGCACAAAAAGCAUACAAUGCGUCAGAGCCUAGCAUUCUACAUGAAGGGAGAAAUAGAGCACUGAGACAGGCAUAUGGCUCACUGACCUAUCAUGCUAAGGUCAAACUGAGGAAGAUUUUUGAGCGUGAUUUUGAGAUGUUUGAUUAUGAUCCAAUGCCAGACUUCGUGUUCGGGGAAUAUCAAAAUGUUGACAAUAUUGAUUUUUUUUCAUAACAAAUAUACCUGACCUACAAAAAUAGUAGUGUUCAUUCAAAGUUAGUAUGAGCCUAUAUCACCUUUGUAAAUCUAUGUUUAUGGACAUAAAAGAAGAAUCAAAGAUUGGAAACAUUUUCUAUAGAUUAAUCAUAUAUUACAUAUAUUGCUUUAUUAGAACUGGUUGGUACUUGUGAGUAGGGUGGUAGAAUAUUAGAAUGUAUCUUUAAGCAGUGGCUAUGAAAAGUUAUCA